AUGUUAAAUACCAAGAAAUAACAACACAGUCACCCACUCGAGUUGGUCGAGUUGCUGGCUGGUUGGUUGUUUAAAAUCUCCUACAUACAUACCAACAAGCGAGCAAACGAACAAACAGAUAUACGUAAAACAAGAAACUGCUGUCAUAUAAGGAGCGAAGUGAAGAGCGAUGGCUAUUACUUCAGUGUCGAGUUGUUUGAUGGGACCCCCGCCACUACCACCAGGUAAACGGUUCCUCGCAACGAGAUCCAAGAAACUCUCUUCAACAUAUCUGAGUUUCCGUGACCCGGCAAUUGAGUCGUGGAUGCCAGGAACAUCAUCUCCAAUUGUCAAAGAUAAUCCACGCUGUGCAGUUAUCAAACCACUGCCACCACCACUUCCACCGGUUCUUAUUCCGCCUCGGCCACGAUCUCGGGCUUCCUACACUACUUGCUCCAGCCAAGACGACUUUCAUUUCCCUCGGACGACCAAUCUAUUCAGAAGUCAAUCGGAAGGAAAUUUACGUGCCAAGAAAUCUGGCAGCAUUAGUGGUACCGCAAGUACUAUUACGAGUCUUACUCCGUUGGACAAAUGCAUAAAGGCGAUUUACGGUAGCUGGAAAAAUUUGAUGCAACUUGGCGGUAUGAGCCGGCCGUCGAAAGCCGUGACCCAGGUAAAGAAGGUGGCACCACCGGCCGUGCCCGAUGUCUUCCGACACUCUGGUUCGUCCUUUGGUUCGGCAGGAUACGCCAGCAGCGAGGACGGUGGCUUCCUGUCGAGUGGCGGGGGCGCUCCCGGUGACGACGGGUCCUAUGGAAUGCCAGCAGGAAAGAGUCCGGGUCCCAUUUACACGCAUCCUGGAUUCGCAUUCCCACCAGUCGUUGGCAAAUAUGCCCACGCUGAGGAUCAAGGUAUCGACAUGACACAGAGCCCAGGACGUGACAGCCCAGGCAGUUCAGGCUCGGGAUCCGGGUCGAGACACUCGACCGCGUCAUUGGACUCCGGUCGAGCCUCGGGCUACCACUUGGGUCCACGAGGACCCGGUGGUGCCCUCACCUCAUCGCCGAGGUGUUCCAUUAGCUCGCUGGGUAGUCAUCCAGACCGACCCUCGGAUCUUGAUGUGCACGCCUGGCUCACCGAGUUACAAUUUGAAGAGUACUUUCAGUUAUUUUCUUCAGCUGGCUAUGAUCUUGCGACCAUAACGCGCAUGACCCCCGAGGACCUCACAGCCAUAGGUAUCAAGAAGCCAAAUCAUAGAAAGCGACUCAAGGCGGAGAUCGACAAUCUAAACGUGGGCGAUGGGCUACCAGAACAUAUACCUGGAUCAUUAGAGGAAUGGUUAAGAUUGCUAAGACUCGAGGAGUACUUGGGUGCGCUCCAUCAGCAGGGCAUGAGAUCCGUCGAGGACGUCACGACACUGACUUGGGAGGAUCUUGAGGAUAUUGGUAUUGUUAGAUUGGGACACCAGAAGAAACUUUUAUUAGCAAUUAAGCGAGUUAAGGAUAUACGUGCGGGUAAAAGAAUUCAGCCGUUGGAUUUAUCGAGACUUCCACCCCAUCCUGGACACACCCAGGAUGUCGUUAUUCAGCGAGGAGGAUCGGAUCUUCCGUCGCCGGAUGAAGAUUGCUCGUCUCCAGUAUUGAGGUCUUUUCAGAGGAACGAAUCCUCGCCAUGGAGGAGCAUGUACGCAGCAUUGCCUGCUGGCGUUGAUUACGCUACAGUAGGCCGGGGACCACGUGGUAAAUCACUAGAGAGUCUUGAAGAUGCGCCACUUACUUAUCCGCCCUCACCGGCGCCCUCUUCGCACAUGGACUCUAUCGGCUGGCGUCCCAGAUGCUUCGAAGACGGCGAUGUUACACCGACCAACGAGGUCUCCUCGAUGAUUGAAGCCGGUGGCAAUACACUUCCGCGACCCAGACACUGUCUAGUGCGACCGAGACCCGUUGCCAAGCUGUUGGAUCAGGUCACCGCAACACCCGGACAGUUUAAAUCACUGCCACGAGACUUUGACAAUAAGUAUCAGCUGACAUACGGACUAGAGAGUAGUCCACAUCUGUCUAAACGUCGUCCGCCUUCACCACCGCGGCGUCAAAGCUCCCGAGAUCUGGGAAACAACGGCGGUAACGGUGAUGUGGUAAUUGAUUGUAGUGGACCAGUUCCCACUACUUGUGAGGAACAUCAUCUUCAUCAUCAUCACCACCAUCAUCAACAACCACCACCACCAGCUCCAAGUGGUGCGCCUUCUACACCUCAAAUGCAUCGGCCAUCAUCAUCAAUGUCCCGUUCCUGGGGUAGUGUAAGUACUAAUGUCAAUGAAGAACACGAACUCAUCGCAUCACUCGCUCUUCAGCAUCGCAACGGAUCUGACGCUAGUUUCAAGUCAAGUUCGAGUACUGAAUCUGAUUCGCUGCCUUUUGCAAAUGAAAAUGCGGGUACAAUAAAACAGCGAGUAGCGAGAGUUCAAGAGUACGGUAAUAAUUCACCAAAUCUCAGUGGUCAUAUGAUGGCACAUCAUCAGCAGCAUCAUUCUCACCACCAUCACCCACAGCAUCACCACCACGUUGUUGGAAAUGAAUCCGGGAGAGAUGAGCCCGCAGACGUAUUAAAUGACAUCGGUAAUAUGCUUGCCAAUUUGACAGACGAGCUCGACGCAAUGCUCGAGGAAGAAAAGCGACAGGGCCUCAAUUCAUAAUCACAAUUAAUGCUGAUUAUGGUAUUACUGUGUAAACGUUAAAUUAAUAAUAACAAUUAUAAUGAUAACAAUAAUGAUAACGAUUACAAUAAUAAUGUACUUUGUUCGUACUUUGUACUUGUAUUGCGCUGCCAUAGAUCGGCAACAACGAUAUCAAUUCGUUUGCCGUAGAUGGAGAUCCCGAGUCACUUACUUAUUGCGAAGUAGAUCGAGGAUAGCCAGAAGAUAAAAUAACAUUAACAAGUCGAUUAACCAACAUCACUUUUAGUUAUUUUUAUUUUUCAUUUAUCCACGCACUGAAUUUGUGGCUGAGUUCUCAGUGGAUCUUCCGGCUGGAUCUUCGUUCCAAGCUUAUAUUUUAUUUUUAAUAUUAAAAACGAAAAAGUCAAAAAAAAAUGAUUAAAUUUAAUAUGAUUUUAAAAUGAAAAUGAAAAUGAAAAUAAAAAAAAUAAUUCUAAGCAUCAUAAACCAGAUUACGCUCUAGUGUGAACCGUAGUCACUGCGCAAUUGCCAGAGAAUAGCGUGUCAGUGUUUCUAGAGCUCAUCUUUCUUUCAUGAUACCCAUAAAAGUUUAUGUGUUUAUACUAAACCGAGAGUGUCGCACACGUGCGGGUUAAUUCAACUUCUCUACAGUAUACGUUUUUUUAUAGUAUAGACAGUACAGCUCACUAAAUUACUACCAAUAUAAUACGAAAGCGAGCUCAGUUUUUUUUUAAAUCCUCGGUUUAUGCACACCACGGUACCAACUUGCUAUUAUCAUUCAAACUCUUCCGAAUAAUUGUCACACAUUCCAUUUAGAAUCUUUUUUAUUAUUUCUAUAACCAUUAUUAUUAUUAUUACUAUUAUUAUUAUUAUUACUAAUAUUAUUAUUAUUGUUUUGUUUUUAUUUUCAAUCUCAACCUUAAAGGUUCUACCGAGAUUUUUUCCGCAUAAAAAAAAGUAGUUCAAUAAUAAACGUCGUUACGACCGGUAGUAAAAAGUUAGUUUUUUUAUAAUGAAAUAAAAAGAUAUAAUAAAUAUGUGAAUGGAAAAUAAAAAUAAAUAUAAAUAUCUUCCUACUGUUUGAAUGGAUAAACAAUAAAAUAAAAUAAUAAUUAAAAAUACAUAAAACAGGAAGACUGACUAUUGAGAAAUUCCAGAAUAACAAAAAAAAAAAUAAAUAAAUGAAUGAAAAAAAAAAA